UCCUCUGUUUUUCAUUCUCAUUUUGACUUGGCCCAUUCAUUACCCUCAACGCAUCUCAUUCGUUUUCCUUUUCCGCUUUUUUGGUCUACCUCUUCGGUGAAUGUGCCUAUAGCUUUUGAAAGGACUCAUUACCAUUUUGUUUGCAUGAGCUUCAUCUUAAUAAAUUUUAGAGCACUUCCUUAAAUAAAAUUUUUUAGUAAAGGGUUCAAAUUUAGUGAAAUAUUUUAUACUAUAUGUGUUUAUCUAGGAUAAUGGUCAUGCAAUAUAAGUUAAAUCUGGAUUGUUCAAACCUAAAUUUCUAAUUUAAUUUUCAUAUAUUUUUCAGUCUAUCCCUGAUUGUCCCUCUGGUUAGAGUUGGCUUUUGCUUACAAUUAGCAUACUAAUUACUUUUUGCUUCUACACAACUUAUAACAAAUAUGUUCGACGAACAAACUGCUGCUGCUAUUAUCAAUCCGUCAGUAAGCGCUGCAGCUGCUGCACUUACAAUCGCUAUGCUAAACUCAAAUGCGGGUGCAGGAGGAACAAACGUAUCUACGGGUUCUGUUCCGGCAGUAAUGCCUCAAUUAUCUUUACAACUAAACCAAAGUCAACAACAACUAACACAACUUUUGACUGGUAAGGACUCACGUUGGUUGCAGCUCGAAAUUUGUAGAGAAUAUCAACGAGGGCAAUGCGUUCGUUCAGAACAAGAUUGUAAAUAUGCUCAUCCACCAUCGAAUGUUGAAAUACAGAAUGGACGUGUGACGGCUUGUUUUGAUUCCAUAAAGGGGCGUUGUUCUCGCGAAAAUCCCAAAUGCAAAUAUCUUCAUCCACCUCAACAUUUGAAAGAUCAAUUACUUGCGAAUGGAAAACAAAAUCUCGUGAUGAAAAAUCUAUUAUCACAGCAAUAUUCAAAUCAGAUGCCGGCAAUGCCUGCUCUUGCACAGAUUACGCAACAGCAGUAUAGCAACCCGUUAGCGUUGCAAUCGACUCUUUCAUUACCAUAUUUUAUUCCAAGUCUGUAUCCGGGUCAGGCAAACUUGUUGUCGCCGGUGCCUGAUCCAUUUUCUGCAGCAUUUCAAGGCACGGUGAACAACACUAAUCCAUAUAUAUCAGUCACCUCUACAGGAAGUACAACAAAGCGACAGAAAACUGAAACUACUGCUAUUUCAAAUUCUGCCAAUAGUGGUUUUAAAUGUACACCUACAACUGUUGCGUUCGGGAUGCCACUUUAUGCCGCUCCACAAUUUAAUCCAUAUCUUUUGCCAACUGCCCCGUUUUUGCCAGCUGUUCCUUGUUUGUUAUAUGAUUAA